AUGUUGGACCAUCCCACUAGGAGGGCGAUGUAUUGGUUACUCUCCGAGUUUGCUGCCCUAGGGACUGUGGAGUCUCUGCCAAGAGAGAAUCCCUCCGAGCCCUUCAGCCAUGGACUGCAAGUCUGGCGACUGAUUCCGACAGACCUGCGCCACGAUUCCGGAUACCUGAUGUGCAACAUCGACCCGAGCAAGCAGACAGGUGAAGUCUUUGCCCCGGUGAGCAUCAAGCGCUUCAUUGGCGGGUCCAACGAAGUGCUGUUCCCUCCGCAAACAAAGUUUCGUGUCAAGGAGGAGAAGGAUGUGCAGCGCGUCACAGAGAACGAUGAGACCCGCGACGUCCACACGCGCGUGCUGGAGGUCGUGGAAUUGCCCGUGCCA